AUGGCCUGUGUUGAUGUCCCUUCAGCUCCGAAUGAUGAUCCAUUUAAACCCUCCCCUUAUAUCAAAAUCGUCAUUCUUACAUCUUCAUUACCAUACGAUAACUUUGAUUAUUUGCUCCUCCUCUGUGAAAAAAAACUCCGACGAUCAAUGGAAACAAAGAUGAAUGCUGAUCCAUGGGGAAAUCCGAGGUUCCAACUAUGGAGUGUAAGUAGUAAACCACCAAAAAACACACCAUUACUAGAGUACGGGAAAGCAAAUAGGAAGAGAUUCACCAUUAGAGUUGUACAUGGCGGGUUUUUUACAGACUAUCCAGGUAAGGUGUAUGAAUAG